AUCUUCUUCCUCUUCCACCUCCUCCUCCCCAGCCCCCCCAGAUUCUGAGCUCCUCUGGGCCAGGCACUGUUGGUUGGGCCCCAAUGUUGUGUCCUCCAUAGCCCACUCAGCCAGGGCAGAGGAAUUGACCUUAUCAUCCUCAGGAGGUGUUUCAGGUCGCCAGAGGUUCAAGGACUUGCCCAGGGUCACAAAGCCAGCAUGUGCCAAACGCCAGGCUUGGCCCUUAGUCUCCCUGGCUCUGAAGCUGGCCCUCUGUUUUUUGCCCUCAGCUGCCUCUCCCCCUGACCUUAGCAGGCAGUGAAUGAGUGGGCAGGGACAGGGGAGAGGACUCUGGAUGUAGGUGUUCCAGGCACCUGCAAGGCAGGCCAUUCUUUUCCCUCUGAUGGUUCCCCUUUCCUCCGCAGAUCUGCAUUCAGAGCGCUCUGCCCUUCCUCAAGAGGCAGGAAUGGCCUCUGUGCUCCUGACAGCCAGGACUCCCCAGGAAUCAGUGACAUUCAGGGACGUGGCUGUUGACUUCACCUGGGAGGAAUGGGGGCAGCUGGACCCUUCCCAGAAGGAACUCUACAGGGAGGUGAUGCUGGAGAACUACAGGAACCUUGCCUGCCUGGGACUUGCCGUUUCCAAGCCAGAUGUGAUCCGUCAGUUAGAACGAGGGGAAACACUUUGGAUGUCUGAGAGAGAAGUCCCAGAAGGCCUCUGUCCAGAUUGGGAGGCUAGGCCUGAAGUCAAGGCAUCAACUCCAAAUCAGGGAAUUUCUAUGGAAUCAUCAUCCCAUAAAAGAUCAGUAAGGAAUAAUUUCUAUGUCUCCUACUUGAGAAAAGUCUGGAAAUGUGAGGCCAGCUUAGAGAUGCAGAAGAAUAAUAAAGAGGCACAUUCUGGUAAUGUCAGAAUUACCAAAAGAAAAACUCACAAUAAAUUGAGAGGCCUUGAAUGUAGUAAGUAUGGAAGAAAUCUCCAUGUGGGGCCAGUCCUUUUUUCACAACAGAAAGUAUCUUUGAGAGAGAAUCUUUGUGCUUAUGAUGCACAGAAAAAGAACUUCACUCCAUGUCCAGACCUAAAUAAAUGUAACAGAAUCUGUUCAAAGAAAAUAUUUCCAAAGUGUAAUAAAAGUGGGAAAUCUUUGAGCUCCAGAUUAGAACACAUCAAAUAUGAUAGACUAUGCCCUGGAGAGAAUCUGUGUGAAUACAGAGAAAGCAGGAAAGACUUCAUCUACAAACCCAGCUCACCCAUGAAUUCCCAUCAAAUAAUAGAUACUGGAAAGAAACCCUAUAAAUGCAAUGAGCAUGAGAAUGCUUUUUCCCAGAAUCCACAACUUACUGAAUAUAAAGGAACUCUCAGUGAAGAGAGAUUUCAUGAACACAGUGAAUGUGGAAAGCCUUGUAAGGACAAUUCAUCUGUUACUUCCUAUGAGCAGAUUCAUACUGAGGAGAAAACUUAUGAAUGUAAUGAAUGUGGGAAGAUCUUCUAUCAGAAUGCACGUCUUAUUCACCAUCAGACAGCUGAUAGUAGAGAAAAACCUUAUAAAUGCCAUGACUUUGGAAAGGCCUUCUGCCAGAUCACAGAACUAAAUUGCCACCAGAGAAUUCAUACUGGAGGGAAACUUUUUGAAUGUAAUGAAUUUGAGAAGGCCAUCCACCUGAGUUCACAGUUUUCACAACCUCAGAGAUUGCAUUCUGGAGAGAAACCUUAUGAAUGUAAUAUAUGUGGGAAGACCUUUCUUGUGAUUGGGAAGCUUACUCGGCAUCAGAAAAUUCAUAUUGGAGAGAAACCUUUUAAAUGUAAUGAAUGUGGGAAGGCUUUCCGCCUGAGGGCUGAAGUUACUCGGCAUCAGACUAUUCAUACUGGUGAGAAACCUUAUGAAUGUAAUUUAUGUGGGAAGACUUUUCGCCAGAGUGUGCACCUGAUUGGACAUCAGAUGAUUCAUACUGGUGAGAAACCUUAUGAAUGCAAUGUAUGUGGGAAGACUUUUCGCCAGUAUGUGCACCUGAUUGGACAUCAGAUGAUCCAUACUGGAGAGAAACCUUAUGAAUGUAAUGAAUGUGGGAAGGGCUUCCGCCUGAGUGUGCACUUGAUUGGACAUCGGAUGAUUCACACUGGAGAGAAACCUUAUGAAUGUAAUGUGUGUGGGAAGGCCUUUCGUCAGAGUGUGCACCUUAUUGGACAUCAGAUGAUUCACACUGGAGAGAAGCCUUACGAAUGUAAUGAAUGUGGUAAGGCCUUCCGGCUGAGGGCAGAAGUCACUCGACAUCAGACAGUUCACACUGGAGAGAAGCCUUACAAAUGUAAUGAAUGUGGGAAGGCCUUUCGUCUGAGAGCAGAACUUACUCGACACAAGACAGUUCAUACUGGAGAGAAACCUUAUGAAUGUAACGAAUGUGGGAAAGCCUUCCUUCUGAGUUCCCAGUUUACUCAGCAUCAGAGGAUUCAUACUGGAGAGAAACCUUAUGAAUGUAAUGAUUGUGGGAAGGCCUUCCGUCUGAGCACCCAGCUUGCCCGGCAUCAGAGAAUUCAUACAGGAGAAAAACCUUAUAAAUGUAACGAAUGUGGGAAGGCAUUCCAUGUGAGUGGAAAGCUUACCCAACAUCAGAGAAUUCAUACAGGAGAGAAACCUUAUGAAUGUCAUCAGUGUGGAAAGGUCUUCCGCCUCAGUGCACAUCUUAUUCGCCAUCAGACAAUUCACACUGGAGAGAAACCUUAUGAAUGUAAAGACUGUGGGAAGGCCUUUUACCAUAGUACAGAGCUUACUCUACAUCAGAGAAUUCAUACUGGAGAAAAACCAUAUAAGUGUGAUGAAUGUGGGAAGGCCUUUCGCCAAAGUGUACACCUUGCUGGACACCAGAUGAUUCAUACAGGCGAGAAACCUUAUGAAUGUAAUGAAUGUGGGAAGGCCUUCCGCCUAAGAGCAGAAGUUACCAGACAUCAGACAGUUCAUACUGGAGAGAAGCCUUAUGAAUGCAGUGAAUGUGGAAAGGCCUUCCGUCUGAGGGCAGGACUCACUCGACACCAGAUGAUCCAUACUGGAGAGAAACCUUAUAAAUGUAACGAAUGUGGGAAGGCCUUCCGCCUGAGCUCCCAGUUUACUCAGCAUCAGAGGAUUCAUAGUGGAGGGAAACCUUAUUAACAUACUGAGUGUGAGCAGUCCUUUGGUCAGAGACCAGACCUUAGAUAACAAAGUAAUUUUAUACAGGAUUAGAAAAUUCAUGCUGAAAAGAUAAACAUUGUUAAUAUAAUCAAUGAAGAGAGCCCUUCAGAGAACCCAAGUUGUUACAUCUUAGAGAAUUCAUAAGGUGAUUGUGAGAAGUUAUUUUGCUCUAGCCUGGAACUAAAUUAACAACAGAAAAUUCAUAUUGGAAAAUAUGGCUAUAACAAAUACAGGAAGGUUAUCCUUUGUUUCCUAUGGCAGAAUGCUGGAAAGAAAUCUCAGAAAUGUAAUGAUAUUGGGAAGGAUUUUGGUGAGAAAAGAAGUCAAAUUUGUGUCAAUCCAUAAUAAAGAGAAACUAAUGCA